AUGUCCCCUAUUUCCGUCAACAACAGCAGCAACGUGCAGACACGUCUGGCCGUGUGUGACUACGUCGAUUUGGCAAAUUUACCUGCAACACGCUUCAAAGAUUGUUUUCAGCAUCGACGACUCCAGACGGAUACCCACGGCCAUGUUCUCCUCUGAAGACGGCGGUCCCGUUGAAGUUGAGUCCAUCAGCAGCGCCACCAUUGGGGCGACGGUACCCACUGGGUUCGAACACACGGCUGCAGAGGAGGUUCACGAGAAGAUUGGUGUAGAAGCGCGCAUAAGCAAAGACCGUGGUCGUAUUUACUUCACCGUUACUACUGACAAGCUCUUCCAGGUUCAUCAGCUGAGGUCUGUGGACAACCUGUUUGUGGUUGUAGAGGAAUAUGAUCAGUACCAGUUUAAAGAAUCUAAGGACGAGACACUGGCAGAGCUGCAGCAGCUUGCCUCCAAGCUCCCAUGGACCAACGCCUUGGAGGUGUGGAAAUUAAACCGCACUUUGAAAAAAAGAAAAAGCCAACGUAAAGGAGCCAAUGGCACCAAAGUCAAACCCAGCGACGAUGUCGGAGACACAACCGUGGUUGAGGGCGAGUCGCAGGAGCAAACAGAGGGAGCGCCUCCAGCUGACGACCCAAACACGACAGAAGAGGCGCCCGACGCCGAGACCAGCACUCAGGACUCUGAGGAAGCAGCACCCGACGCUAAAGUCACGAAGUUCCGUGUGACUUGUAACCGGGCCGGUGACAAGCACAGCUUUUCCUCCAAUGAGGCAGCUCGAGAUUUUGGUGGGGCGGUGCAAGAGUUUUUCCAGUGGAAAGCCGACAUGACCAAGUUUGACAUUGAGGUCUUAUUAAAUAUACAUCAUACCGAAGUGGUGAUUGGCAUCGCACUCACUGAGGAGAGUCUUCACAGAAGAAACAUCAGCCACUUUGGACCCACCACACUCCGGUCUACUUUGUGCUAUGGCAUGCUCAGGUUGUGUAAACCUCAACCAUCCGAUAUUAUCCUUGAUCCAAUGUGUGGGACUGGUGCAAUCCCUUUGGAGGGGGCAAUAGAGUUUCCGGCAUCUUUUUAUAUUUCUGGAGACAACAAUGAUAUGGCUGUAAACCGCACGGUCAACAAUGUGUGUCAUAUUCAAAAAAGGAAGGCGGACAAGGGCAGUGCCCCUGGGCUGCCCAUUGACACUGUCCGCUGGGAUUUGUGCAGUUUACCCGUGAGGUCCAGCUCAAUUGACAUCAUCAUCACUGACAUGCCCUUUGGGAAGAGGAUGGGCUCCAGGAAGAAGAACUGGGACCUUUACCCAUCCUGCCUUAGAGAAAUGGCCCGCGUAUGCAAACCGACCUCUGGGAAGGCUGUGCUGUUGACACAGGACAAGAAAUGCUUUUCAAAGGCCGUGUCCAGAAUGGGGGGAUUGUGGAGGAAGCAGCACACUGUUUGGGUCAACGUUGGCGGUUUACACGCUGGAGUGUUCCUGCUCAGGCGGACCGGCGCCGUGUUUGGCCAAACUCCUGAAGAUGUGUAUGAAUCACAAGGGAUGACACGAAUACAAGGAGAUCAAGAAGACAGUCAGCGUUCUUAGAUUGCAGUUCCCAUCAUAUAUAUGUUGGAUCAACAUAAUUUUGGUUGUCUUAGCUGAUUUCAUCAACUGAUUUUUUAAGUUUUCAUGUCAAGUGGCCAAGUCUCAUUUUUCUGUACAGCCAAACAAAAAAAGAGAAAGGAGCAAACGGUAACAAAUUGGUUGCUGCUGUACCUAAUGAAGUGACUUACACGUUUACUGUUACCGCCUUAAGUUGAUUUCAUGACAAUGAAACAAAGGUUAUCGCAGAUGUUUUUGGUGCAUCAAUAAAAAACUCAAAGACAAAAAAA